CGGAAAUGUUAGAUUUUUUUUUUGAUGGUUUCAAACUCUGCUCAAUGCAAAUGGCUUUUUGUAUUUCAUUUUUCGAAUAUCUUCUUGUUAAAUCAGUCUCUGAAAUCGAAUUCUAAUUGAUACCUAGCAGCUUCUGUGAUUCCGCAAAUUUAAAAAACUCUGUCCGUGUGUUUGUAUUGAGAUUUUGAUUAUUACAAAGGAAGGAAUGCUUUUCAAUUUUUGCAGGCUUUGUUGUUAAGAUACAAUAGGGAAUAGCACUGUAGUAGUAAAGGAGGGAGAUGUCUCAGAAGCGAAAUCUUCCUUCUUGGAUGAGUUCAAGGGAUCCUCCUCCUCCUCCUCCUCCUCCUCCUCCUGAGGGUAAUAAGAAGCCCAAGGAUGACGAUGAAGUUGAUAUAAGCAACACCACUGAUUUCUCUAAACUUCUGGAAGGAGUUGUAUUUGUGUUGUCGGGGUUUGUAAAUCCGGAGAGGAGUACACUAAGGUCACAGGCCUUGGCCAUGGGAGCCACUUAUCACCCUGACUGGAACUCUCUCUCCACCUUGUUGAUCUCUGCUUUUCCCAACACUCCCAAGUUCCGCCAUGUUCAAUCCAACUCUGGUACCAUUGUCUCUAAGGAUUGGAUAACCGAGUGUUAUACGCAGAAGAAGCUGGUGGAUAUUGAGCAAUACCUUAUGCAUGCUGGAAAACCGUGGAGGAAAACCAGUGUUCCCCAAGAUCCUACUUUUCGAGAAAAGAAGAAACAGUUGUCCAUAAAAUCAGAGGAGACAAAAUCAGAAACAAGGGGAACGUCGUCAUCUGCUUCAUCCAAGAACAGACCAGGUUCCAAUACUGUAAAGGAACCAUUUUCUGUUACGGAGGUGAAGAAAUGGGCGAGGGAUGACCUAACUGAAACCAUCUCAUGGCUAGAGAGUCAGGAGGAGAAACCAGCAGCAGGAGAGAUCAAGAGAAUAGCUGCAGAAGGAGUGUUAACCUGUUUACAAGACGCCAUAGAUUCUCUUGAGCAGAAGCAGGACGUAGGAUCAGUGACGGAGCUGUGGAGCUUUGUCCCUCGAGUAGUGAAGGAGCUUGGAAAGAUGGAAUCUUCUUGUAAAACAGAAAACUCCACGGCGGCUUCAAAGGAUCAACUCUGGAAACAAGCAAAGUCGUGGAAGAAGAUUUACGAGGCAGAGCUAGCAAAAAAGGGUGAAGAAGAAGAAGAAGAAGAAGCAUCGGGAACAAAGAAGAGAAGGACCACCUCUGGCUCUGGGGUUGUUGGUUCUGGAUACGAGAGUGAUGAGACAGUUGAAAUGACGGAAGAAGAGAUAGAGCAUGCUUACAGGAACGUUUGUUUAGAGUCGUCUCAUUAAGAUCACAUCACACACUUGUUUCAUUCUGCUUACAUGACAUUGCCUUUUCGGUUUGUUCGGUUAAGUCUUUACAGUUGGAAUCGAUUGCAUUAAUUCGGUUUUUGGUUAUGAA